CGUUUUCAGAGAUCUGUCUCUGGAUAUGCGACGAAUGUUAAGUCAAUGAAGAUUACAAGAAACUUUAGAAACAGUCUGAAGAAGCGAGCGUCUCUGCUUUCUUUAGUGUGUGCUGUGUUUGAUUUGGUGUGAAAGCGUGUUGAAGUGUGCACUAGAAGUCAUGUUACUGUAGUGCUCUCGGUGUGCAGGAGAAGAUUCACAGCUCUUAAAAACAAGUAGCCGACACCAGUUUCCCAAUGGCUGAAAACAACUUUCCUCCUCUGCCUGGCUUUAUUCCUCUGAAGCCGUGCUUCUACCAGGACUUUGAGGAGAUUCCUGACCAGCACCGCACCAUGUGCAAGAGACUCUACCAUCUGUGGAUCUUGUACGGAGUGACGCUGCUGGUGAACUUCUUGGGCUGUAUGGCGUGGAUGUUUGGAGGUGGAGGAGUGACUAACUUCGGCAUGUCCAUCAUCUGGGUUAUUCUCUUCACCCCCUGCUCUUACGUCUGCUGGUUCAGACCCAUUUACAACGCCUUCAAGACUGACAGCUCAUUCUACUUCAUGGCAUUCUUCUUUGUGUUCAUAGCACAACUUUUCAUUGCUAUAAUUCAGGCCAUAGGAAUACCAGGAUGGGGUGUCUGCGGCUGGUUGGGCACCAUCUCCUUCUUUGGCACGAGUAUCUUUGCCUCCAUCAUCAUGUUGAUCCCCACCCUCAUGUUCACCGCAGUCGCUGUCGUCUCUUUCGUGGCGCUCACGAAGGUUCAUAACUUCUACCGCGGCAGCGGCGGCAGUGUGAGUAAAGCGCAGGAGGAGUGGGUCUCCGGAGCCUGGAAGAAUCCUCACGUCCAGCAGGCGGCUCUGAGUGCAGCGGCCGGAGCGAUGCAGGGACCGCAGGGACCCCAGGGACCACAGGGACCACCCUACUCCACUCCCUCCUACGACAACACUGUGUAAAACACAGCCCAGUCAGCAGGCUUCAGAGCAUACUGACCCUCAACACCAGGUGCAAACAACCAAGUGAUGCUUGGAAUCUUUUGCUUUUUUAAUGUAAAUGUUUGUGUCUUUGUUCUGUGUUUUGCGUCUCUUUUGGCCUAUUUGCUCCCAGCUUAGAAAAAUAUGUUCUGAGAACGUUUUUCUAACAUUCCCAUUAAGUUAGGAAAACAUUCAAAACAUCCUGGUUUUUAAAGCUUUUUUGAUCAUUUAAUUGUAUCAUUUUCCAAACAUUCCAUGAACGUUACAUUUGAAUUUUCUCUGAACUUUCUGAAAUUCUGAACAUUCUAAUGAAUAAUGUAAACAUAACAUUUGUUACUGGAAGAAUAUUUGUUCAUAACCUUCUGAGAACAUCUCCUGUUAGCCGGGUUGCUCUUAUGUGACUGUAUUAAAUUAUAAAUGAGGUUAUGUAGAUUCAAAUUUGUAAUCAGGGUUCCCAUGAACAUGGAACAAGUUGGAAAUAUCAGAGAAUUUAAAAAAAUGUCAUUUCUAGUCUAGGAUAUAAUCCAAUAUUUAAAUAUCAAUUCAGCUAGAUAUUGUCAGUGAAUUGAAAAUAUUUAAAAAAAAUAUUUGAUCUUUUAACCACAAAUGACUAAAAGUGUUUAUGCAUUUUAGUUGUGACUAUAUAUUUUCUAGUUAUUCUAGUUAUUGUUUUACAUGAUUUGAUAUUCUAGAAACUGCUCAAGUGAUUGCAAUCUCAAUUAUAUGACUUCUAAAAACAUUUUAGUAUUGAUAAAAGGACUAGAUGAUUACUGUAUUAAGUAAUUAGGUUUUGUGUGUGUGUGACAGAGAGAGAGAGAGAGAGAGAGAGAGAGAG